CGCCCCCUCUGAGCUCCAGGUGCUGCAGCUGCUCGUAGUCUCAGAGCCGGAGAAUCAAAGGAGGAAUGCGGAGACUGCAGCCGGUGAGGACCAUCCCCAGGACCAUCAUGCCGCGCUGCUGUACCCCCUGCCGGCUGCCUGUCACCCUGAUCCUCCUGCUCCUCUACCUCUGUUACCUGCUCCUGGGGGCCACAGUCUUCUGGGCCCUUGAGAGUGAAGCCGAGCAGAACCUGAGCCUCAACUUCCAGCACGAGAAGUGGGAGCUGCUGAGGAACCACACGUGUAUGGACAACCAGACCCUGGAGAAGUUCAUCAUGUAUAUUGUAGACACGUAUAAGAAGGGGUUAAUUCUUUUGGGUAAUGACACUAACCCGGACACCUGGAACUUUCCUGGAUCCUUCUUCUUUUCUGUUACUGCCAUAACGACAAUCGGUUACGGGAACCUGAGCCCCAGCACUAUGGGGGGCCGCGUCUUCUGCAUCUUCUUUGCGCUGUUUGGGAUUCCAUUGAACCUAAUCCUGCUGAAGCGUAUCGGGGAGAGGAUGCUGAGCCUGGUGCAGAGAUACGCCGCCUUUCUGGGGAAGAAAAUCGGUCGACAGAAAUCCGUGAAGGUCAUCUCCAGCUUGUGCGCCCUGGUGACUGGUCUUCUGCUGUUCUUCUUGCUGCCACCGAUCCUAUUCCGGGGGAUGGAGGGCUGGACAUAUGAGGAAGGCUUCUACUAUUCCUUCAUUACUCUCAGCACCAUUGGUUUUGGAGAUUAUGUCAUUGGACGGGUUCCCGGUAAGAAGUAUCCAGAUUGGUACCGGAACCUGGUGUCCCUGUGGAUCCUGUUCGGCAUGGCAUGGCUGGCCCUCAUCAUCACCCUGUGUACGAACCUCCUGGAGAACUCCAGAGACUUCUGCCUGUGCUGCAAAAAGAAAGAGGGCGAGAAAAAGGACCGGGAGCUCAUAGACAUGACCCUCAACGGACACCGUCCAUCAGCCCUACAGGAGGCCGAGGACUCAGAAUCCACCUCCAGCAAAACCGAGUCACUGGAGUCAGACAGGAAAUGUGGAGAGUAAUGGACGUGGGCGCUAGGAGGUCACCACCCCCCAAACCAUCUGCACGUAACACCCCUGAAAUCCUCUGUGCUGCUGGGGAACCUGCUCCUUCCACUAUGUAACUCUCAGUCUGUGAACUCCACAA